AUGGCGGCGGCCGGCCGGGAGCGGGAGCGGGAGCGGGCGCGCUUCGUCUACGUGACCCGCUUCGGCUCGCACCAGUGCGGCAGCGUCCUGCGGCUGGGCGGCCGGCGGGCUCAGGGCCGGUGGACCCCCGGGCUCGGGGCGGGCCGCAGCCGAGAGGAGCCGCGGGAGGCGGCGGCGGCGGCGGCGGCGGCGGCGGGCGGCGGGGAGAUGCCCCCCGGCUCCCGGCCCAGGGCCCCCGCUGCCUCCUCCCCGGAGCGGGCGUCGAGCGCGCGGAGCGGGCCCCGGCCGGCGGCGCAUGCAGGUUUAACUCAGGAGGAUUUGGCUAAAAAGUUUGACUUCCCCAUACCUUUGAAUGAAGCUUCCAAAAUAAUGAAGAAAAAGAAAAAGGCUUCAGUAUGGAAUGGAGUGUACAAAGUCAUUUGUAAAAUGCUUGAAGAAAAUGAAAAAUAUAGACUCAGGCUGAAAUCUCAACAAUUACCUGGUGGAACAGUAGGCCUUCUGCUGAACAUCAAAUGA